AUGGAUACUGACCAGCAUGGUAAAAUUAGAAGACGAAAUAUAGAAGGUGAUCGACUGAGCAGUUUGCCUAUUGAUGUUAUCCAUAAUAUCCUCUCUUUUGUUAGCACUAAACAAGCUAUCCAAGCAAGUACAUUGUCAUCUUCAUGGAAAUUUAUUUGGACCUCAUUGCCCUAUCUUAGUUUCUCGAGAAAAGAUUUUGAUACAUUACCCAAGUUUAACAGCUUUGUAACACAUGUUCUUUCCCGACGCAACAAUCAAACAGAAGUUUCUUCCAUCAAGCUCAGUGGUUUUCAUGGAGACAUUACCGAGGAAUUGAUCAAAAAAGUCACGGACUAUGCCUUCUCCCACAAUGUCCAACAGUUGACCAUUACCAGCUUUGAUGAUAAAAGAAGAGUAUCGGAAGUUCCUCUUUUUCCAUCUCUUACUCUCAAACAUCUCACUUCGAGAUCCUUCAUGGCCUGCACAUCAACCUGGGAGUUCCCUGCAUUAACAACAUUGUACCUAAGUCAUAUUACAUUGUAUAGUGACAACGUCAGUCUUUUCUCUAAAUGUGCAAACUUAAAGAAUCUCACACUACACCACUUAACCAUUUCAAGAUCGAGCGGUGGCAGUGAAAUUGUUGACUUUUGCCAUUCUGGAAUUUCUAAUCUCCGGCUUGAAAAUGUAUGCUUAAAUAUAGAUGUAAUGAACUUGAUUGUGGUACAACUAAAGAAUCUCUCGCUUGUAAGAAAAGACAAAUCCACAUCAGCUGUCUUGAAUGUGGUUGCACCCCAACUAAAGAAUCUCACAGUUAGAGAUUGGCUGAUGCUGAUCAGUCUGAACCUGCUUUCGGCACCCGAGUUUGGCUCUUAUCUAUGCUCUCUGGACAAGGUGGAUCUCUCUUCUUACAAACCACUCAGCGUAUCCAUACCAUACAAGACAGAGGCUCGUAAAAUUACUAGUCUACUUCAACAGCUCCGUAAUGCCAGACAUUUUACAUUAAGCUGGGAUAUCAUUCGGCUUCUCUCUUCAUCCAUGGAGUUAAUACCGCACCUACCUUCUCCUUUUGUAAACUUGAAGAGUUUAAAGGUUUAUCCACGUCCCAAAGCAUUGUCAUAUGAAGAAGAAACAAUGCCUGCAUGUUUUGUAAAAUAUUUUCUGGGUGGUUCUCCUGGUGCCACUGUGACAAUGGUAACAUCCAAGGAAAUGAAAGCAUUGGAAAAUGCUGCAUCAGCAGAAAAACUUAUGGCAGAAUUGCAGGCGCAGCUAAAACAGGAGAAAAAAUAUACCAAAACCAAUAGAGCUUAUUGGGGGGAUCUAGUGAAGGCACCGAUGGAGAGUAAGCCAUAUAUACACGAGCAAGGAAAUGCAGAAGUUGAUAAAAUUCAACACGAUGAUGACUACAACGGGGGCAGGAUGUUAGAGAUCAUUAGCUGUUGGGAAGAUCUGAGUGUGCAGAUUGAGGAAGGGAAAAAAAAAGACUCGUGA